CCAUUUACUGAGCGCCAAAUGUGUAUGUAAUGCUCCAGGGGCGGGGCUUUAAUAUUGAUGAAAGCUUGUGAGCUUCCGAUGAAGUGGAGUCGGAUAUCUGAUGGGAGGAUAUAAUAGUAAACUGACAGUACCAAAAGAUGAGCCAAAUCUCAUGAGUAGGGUUGAUACUUCCGACCUGAGCAAAAACCCUAAACUGGCUGACCUCAACAAAGUUGACGGUAAAUCUUCAUCUUGAUUUUACAGAAUGACAGAAAAACUAGCUGAUAUUCGUUCUUACACAAAGAUGGAUGCGCAAAAUUCUAACGAUUCCUUCAUGCUGGGUCGAGGAGGUAUUAUGGUCGUAUUAUACGACUUCGCCGAAUCAAUGAGUUCUCAAAUCAGCAUUAAGCGAGGUGAAUUGGUACGCCUUUUAGGCUAUAGUCCAGCUGGAGACUGGUCUGAGGUGGAAGCUUCUAUUGUCUUACCACCUCUUCCCAAACCUGAACCGGGUAGUUCUACUUCCGGGUCAGAAAGUCAUCCUUCUCAAUGCACAGGUGGAGCUACUGUAAAGCAUAAUCAUGGGCCCACCAGGGAAACUGGGAACAGUGUAAAUACUUCUUGUAUGUAUUUGUUCAAUAAUUACAGACGUGGAUGGGUACCAACGAGUUACUUAGCUAUUACAAAUGUCUUCCAAAGUUCUGCUCCUUCAAAACAGUCUUAUUCACAACAGUUAAUUAGUUGUGAAGGUUCAGAAAAGCCAAAUUGCUCAGUUAAUGCCCCUUGUUUAUCUAAUUCACAACCAAUUAUUGCAAAUGACCAUAUGCAAUCACGGGUACAAAACGUAUCAAACAAGGGACCUGUUCAUCAUUUAAUGAUGGAUUCAUCGCCUCUAAGUCUUUUAGAACCAAGUCUUCUUCCAUAUUCAUGGUAUCAUGGUGCUGUCUCAAGACAAGCUGGAGAACAUCUCCUUCGAAGUGGUAUCACAGGUUCUUUUCUGGUUAGAGCAUCAGAAUCUGCACCUGGUCAACUUUCUGUAACUGUGCGCCACUUAGGAAGAGUUUAUCAUUAUCGUAUUAGUCAGGACAGCAGAGGACUAUUCUAUAUAACGGAAGCUCAUCGAUUCCCGACCGUCGUUCAACUAAUUGAACACCAUUCUCGUUCUGCUGAUGGUUUGGUUUGUCCACUUCUUUAUUCAGUACCGAAACCGCAAUUUUUAAAUCAACCCAUGCAACAAUCUUGCUACUCAUCUGUCCCUCAAACACUACCCAGUUCAAGAAUACCUGGUCAAAAUCAGUUUGAAGUCAAUCCCAUUGUUCAUCAAUCAAAUGCUGAAAUAUCUAACUUCCCUUUAACUCAUAUAAAUCCCGUAUCACAUGUGCCCAGACCAUUUCAUCCAAGUCAUAUAAACAAUUCAGAAAGAUUAAGUGCUUGUAGUGAUUCUAUCGGAAGUAUGGAAUUUGAUGGAUGGGAAAUUGAUAGGUCCGAAAUUAUUAUGCGUCAAAAAUUGGGCUGUGGUCAAUAUGGUGAUGUAUAUGAAGCUAUAUGGAAACGUUUUAACUCUGUUGUUGCAGUAAAAACACUGAAACAAGAUGUUAAUUUGAAUGUCAAUGAUUUUCUCAAAGAAGCUGCUAUUAUGAAGAAGUUACGUAAUAGGAAUUUAGUUCAAUUAUUAGGCGUAUGUACUCGAGAACCGCCUCUUUACUUAAUUACGGAAUAUAUGCCAAAUGGGAAUUUAUUGAAUUAUUUACGUACACGUAGUCCAGGUGAACUCACCCCGCUUACUCUACUUUAUAUGGCUGUUCAAAUCGCCUCUGGAAUGGCGUAUUUAGAAGCUAAUAAUUUUAUCCACAGGGAUUUAGCUGCUAGAAAUUGUUUAGUGGGUGAUCAACAUUUGAUCAAAGUUGCGGAUUUUGGUUUAGCACGUUACAUGCAACGGCAAGACACUUAUACUGCUCGUAAUGGUGCUAAAUUCCCUAUUAAAUGGACUGCUCCUGAAGGUCUUUCUUACUAUUUGUUCUCAUCAAAAUCGGAUGUAUGGGCUUUUGGUGUAGUCCUAUGGGAACUUGCCACCUAUGGUCUUUCACCUUAUCCUGGAGUUGAAUUGCAUGAUGUUUAUCAUCUUUUAGAGAAAGGUUACAGAAUGGAACGGCCACAUGGAUGCCCAGAAGCAGUUUAUUCUAUAAUGUUAAGAUGUUGGUCUUGGGAUCCUAAUUUGCGGCCUUCAUUCAGUGAAAUCCAUGCAGAACUAGAACAAAUGUAUACAACUAUGAACAUUGAAGCUGAAGUUGCUUUGGAAUUGGAAAAGCAACCUGUUAAUUUUAUCCAACAACAACAACAACCACUUGUGAGUUCAAACAGAUUCACAGAAAUACAACCACAAGAUUUACAAGGCAAUUCAGUAAAUCAAUUUAAUAUGGUCUUCAAGGAGUCUUUACCAAAUAGUUUUAUAUCAACAGAAAUUGUGAAUUCGGAUCAUGUCGUUUCUAGACAUAAUAACGCUAUUCAUUCCACGUCGAAUAUAGAUUUCACCGGUAAUAAUGUUGAAUCAAGUCGACCGAAUCCAAUAUCUUAUGUUACAAUGAAUUCUGUUGCUAAUCACUCAAUACAUCAUCAUGUUGAAAAUAAUAUUACUUCACUUAAUAACAAUAAUAAUAUUAAUUGUAUAAAACAAGAAAAGACUAUAUUUAUUGGUCAGAAUCGUUUGUCUAAAGAUAAACAUUCAGUUCUUCCUUCUCCUUCAUCAUCUGGCGGUGGAGUUGGUGGCAGUGAUCAUUUUGGUCGUAUUACUGAUAAUUUAGCUGCUGUUUCACUUGACAAUGACAAUGAUGAUAAUGAUAAUAUUGAUGACGAUGAUGAUGAUGAUGAUGGUGAUAAUCAAAAUAAACACCCGGCUAGUUCAAAUAAUCAUGCUGUUCAACGUGAAAGUAAUUCGGAGAUAAAUCCAGAUCAUAUUCUAUUACCCACUAGCAGUUUAGGUCAGGUUAAAUUUUUACCAUGCGGCCCACAAAAUACAUCCAUACAUGAAUCUAACCAAAAUGGAUUUCCUAAUUUGAUUCAAUGUCGAACACCAUUUUCAUCAAAUUGUUUAACACAAACACAAUAUUCACCGGCUUCAUUAUCUGAUAAUGGAUUUUUACCUUUCGGUGAAAAAUUAUGUUACUUUAUCCCAAUGAGUAAUAAUUUAUCUUAUCAACCUAAUUCACAUAUUACCUCGUCAAAUGUUACACAAAAUUGUGGUACUUCAAAUCUUUCUCAAUUUUCCAAUAAUAAUUCAGCUUCCAUAGUUUCUAAAAUUCCUAACUUAAAUGUUGGUAAUUCAACAAAAGUGGUGAAUGAUCGAUCAGCUAUUCGAACGAAUCGUUCUAUUCAUCGUAAUGUCACUUCUGGUUGUAAUACUCAGACUAGUUCGCAACAAAAUGGUACAACACGUAGUCAAGAUACGGAUACACCAGAUGAAAGUGGUGUUGGUGAAUCGAUUAUUUCAAACGAAUCUCCUGCAGAAAGUCGAGCAUGUGGCGGUGGGAUAAUGAGUAAUGCUGUCGGUGUUGGUGUAAUUGCUACUAUGAAUUCGAUAACACCAAGUGGACCCUGUCAAGUUGAUUGGCGUUUAAAUGUGCCGUUUGAAGUGUCCAUGUCAAUUGAUGAUCAUUCUCAACAUUUUCAUCAUGCACAAAUAAUAACUCCUUCUUCAAAUGUUAUUCACCAUCCACAUUCCUAUCCAUAUUUAUUUCAAACUACUAAUACUUCUACAACAACGACUACUACUAUCAAUACCACUACUUCUCAUAUUUCUUCUGCCUCAUCAUCUACUCAAUUCAAUGUUAAUCCAUUAAUGGAACAAUUCUCUACAAUACCACCUCACGAUAGAAUUGGAAGUUAUUUAAAAAGUUUGGGUGAAUUAGAUACCAGUGGUGGUCGUCAUCAUCGUUGUAACGAACUACCAACAUUUGCUUAUCACCAAUCGCAACCAAAUGAAUCAAAUUUACCAACUGAUAUACUUGGUGUAAAUGAUAAAACAUUUAAUCAUCCAUCGAACUUUUUACAUUAUCUCCCACCACCACCACCAGCGGUGCCUCCCCCACCUCAUUCAUCAAUAAUGGAAUGCUGCAAUUCGCCGUUGUUACCUCCUACAUCUACCACCAAUAAUGCUUCAAUUCAAUUAAGGUAAACCAAUUUAGAUUAUAAUUAAGUUUAAUGUAUUCUAUUCUUCUAUAGGCAAGUAAUUUGUCUUCUGUAUUUAGUCAUGUGGUAUUUAUGUGAAAUUCCAAAAUAUUCUUGUGGUUAUAACAUGUGGUCAAGUUUACGGUGAACUUAAUUUACAUAUACAUUCAUACACAAAUGAAAAAAAAAACUGAUGAUCAUAACUUCGAUUUUCGUAUUUGUGACACUAAUCAACGAAUUUGAUAGAUUUUUCAUAAUAAGAAAUAUUUGAGUAGUGUCUUUUCACUUGUUCGUUUUUUCCCUCAAAUUCUUACGUUACCAAUUUAUACAUUCUUUCUUUUUUAGUAGAAAGCAUUUUCCACUCAAAUUAUUUGGACAAAUUUUAUUAUGAAUGAAAUUAAAUUAAAUUUUAAGUGUUUUUUUUUUUAACGAAUUGAUUUUGUGAUAAUUUUAUUGUUAACUAGCCCUUAUGAUUUUACAAUUACGCUUGAAUAGGCUAGUUACUAGUAUAUAUAUACUCAGUGCUAAUAAACUGUGUUUCAUUGUAUUCACUGUUAAGACUUGUUAAGUUCGCUACUUGAUUAACGCAGAUUAAGGUUUACGACUACGACACCCGAACGUUGAACUUCACCGUUGCAAAUCAGAAGACAGAAAAAAAGCUGGAGAAGUGUUUAUCUGGUAAGAAUCAAAGUGUGCAGAAAAUCAAGGGUAUUUAUAGAUAUUAGCGUUUGUUAAGUCAAUAUUAUAUUUCGGCCAAUCCGCUAUGAGAUAUAUUAUGCUACUGACCAGUAAUAGCACGCCACGUUAAUGUUCUAGAAAGCUCCAUCAUGUUCUGAUUGGCUGGAACUCUUCGGCUCCUUUAGGGCCUCUGGAGGCUCCGUUGUGGUUCUCGGAAGCCGACUCAAGAAGACUGACUUCCAGAUAGGGUGAUUUUAAUUUGAAAUUUCUAGGUAUAUUAAUGCAAUAGGUUCAGCGCUAUUUUCUUGUUGUUUAGAUGAUCGUUGAACAUUACUGAUAAACUAUAUAACGACAUUAUGUUGAAAGCACUGGCUGUCGAUUGCUUUUUAUUUGUCUGUCCUUGGUUAUUAAACUGGUUGUUUUUAUGAUUUUUCUAUAGUAAUAUUGUGUAAUAUUUGGUUUCUCACUGUUUACCUAGCCAACACACUUUUCUUUUUCGGUUGGAUAAUUUCAAUUAGCAAGAUGUUUAUAGUCCUAUAAUUUUUACUUUGACCUGUGACAAAAGUUAGUUGAUGUAAAAGGUAAAGUUAAUUGUUGUUUUUAAUUAACUUUUAUUUGAUUAAUUUAGCAAACUCAAUUUUUAUAUAGUGAAAAGAAUAUUUGGUCAAUGUACCAAAACACUCUUUGUAUCAUUUGAAUGUUGGUGUAUGCUGAAUGCUGUAUUCAGUUUAUCUGUUGUUCAACCUAAUGGCUUUAACAUUAGUAUAUAUUGAGAUAAUGUACUUUCUAGUUAUAACUAACUUUGAAGACAGAUCAAAUUUGUAUUGAGUUUAUCGUUCAAGGGGAUUAGGGUCAUGUCUAUUAAAUCCAUUUAUAGUAUCUAUCGAAAUAGAGUGGUUGGUUAUCAAUUAACAUAUUCAGCGUAUAACAUCCGGCUUAGACAUCACUUACCGCUUAUAAAUAGCAUGUUUCAUAACCGAACACAAACCUGUAUUCGGCAAAUCAGUUACGUUUGAAAAUUGCUCGAAAUUUUCUGCUGUAGAACAACUCUUCAUGUAAAACAUCGUUUUUUCUCUGUGAAUAAUCGUUAGUUAAUUGUUUUGAUUUUUAUCCUAAUUGAUGAACUCUUCUUAAAUUUCUUAUUUCUUUAAAUUUAUUCUAUUUAUUUUUAUAGCUCGCACGUAACUUCAACCGGGGAAAUUUCAAAGUCAAAUAUUUCUCACCCGAUUUCUCCUGUACAACGUAGUAAGCAAUAUUUUCAUUCAAAAGAAAUAAUGGAUGGUGAGACCGGAACAAAUAUGAACCAGCCAAUCAACUGUUUAUCGUCUAACAAUCAAAAUAUAUCUCAAUUGAAAGCUUCGUCUGAACAGAAUAACAUAGUUGUUGAUGAAUCUUCUUUGAAUCAUAAUAACAGUAGCAACAAUGAUACUGAUAUUAAAGAUAUGCAUCCUAAUACUUCUUAUUCCAAGAUUUCUCAGGCACGCCGACGUAAUAGAGUAGAUAUAGAACGUGCUGUUAGUGGUAAUGCUGGACACCUGGACUAUCCAGGAGUAGGGCGACGUCAUUUACCACUGGAUGAUCGAUCAGAAGAGGAAUCGAAUACGGAAGAAGUUCCAAGAUCAUUGGAGGAUGAGACUUUAUCCAUCGCGUCUGACUCUCCGAACAAUUCUCAAGAUAAUUCAAUAUCGAUUAAACCCGAUGCAAACCUUUCAGGUGGUGGUGAAGGAGACGAUGUUUACCAGGCGCCAGAUUCUUACUAUUUACCAAAUGUUGGUAAUAAUAAUAAUUCGAAUUCACAAAAUUUACAACUUAACUCUACUUCACAGGAAUCAAUUACAAAUCUACUUGAAAGAUCUAUUGAAUUAGUCAGUUGGACUAAAGAUCUAUGUAGUUAUUGUGAAAUGGAAUAUGAGAUCCCGAAUGCAUCGUUCAUUGAACUAUCGAAUUGUUUAGAUUCUUUUCGUAUUGAAUUAGAAGCCUAUAUUGUGGAACAUAUAAGCAAUAAUCCAAAUCUUACUAAAACUAUCUUAAUUUCAUGUGAUAAUCUAGGUAAACAAACUACAAAUUUAUCUUUGCAUUUAAAGACUAUGGAAAUUGAUAAACCUGCCUUUAGUGUACAUUGUAAUUCUUGUCAUUUGUGUUUAAAAGAAAUUCAUGAACAUAUCGUACAACUUUUAAAUAAGUCAAAAGUAACCAAUGAGGUAACCACUACCGCGGUCACCACUGGUUCUACCACAUCUGUUACUAAUCAAACUCAUUUACAUGAUGAUCGAUCGUUUAGUACUACUGCUAAUAAUACUGUUACUACUACUACUACUACUACUCAUGUAUUUGGCAAAGUUUAACCUCUGAAUUUUACUAUUUUGUGUUUGUUUCUUCACUCACUGCGUAUGCGCACAUCUUUUUGUAUAUGCUUCAUUCUGUUGCAAUUAUCAUUCAUAAUCUACAAGAUUCUUAUUGUUUAAAAGCUAAUUGUUUUGAUUUCUUUCUGAAUUGAUCAACAUUAAUAAGUGUCCGGGAUUUGGAAAUAAGCAUCACAUAAUUUACACAUAUACUUGUUGUUUUGUUCAACUGAGACGUUAUCAUAUUUCAAAUUUUCACCUCAUUCAAAUUACACCAAUGUCUUUCGAAUAUUCACUUUUCUGUCAUUUAUAUAUAUGAUUGGGCGAUCGACUGAUCUGAUCGUCUCAUGACAGAAACUAAUUUUACAUAAUUUCAGUCAUCUCUAUUUACCCCAUUGUUUACUACUGUACAAGUCAUACAAUCUUAUCAUAUCUGUAUAAAGUUCAUUUUGCAUGUUGGUGUUUUUUUGCUCAUUUCUUCGUUUUAAAUUUAUAUCAUUUUUGACAUUGUGUUUUUUCCUCUCUGUUUGUUUUCUUUUCCGAUUUCUCACCUUUUAUUUUCAAUUGGAGUAUGUGAUUUACACUAUCUUAAUUAUCUAUAAAAAUAAUACUACCACAAUUGUUUUUUUUUGUCAACCAAUUUUUUUCCGGUUGUUGUUUCAUCAGAAAACUAAGUCAGACGAUCAGUUUCUAUGGUGAAUAUAUUGAGUAUACAUACACAUAAAUUCGGAGAUAGUCUGUGUUAUUCCCACUUUAUGUGUAAUAAUAAUAAUAGUUAAAUCUCGUUUUUGACAUUCUCUUCUUUACCUUUGUAUACAUAAAUAAUAAUACAACAUUGAUAAUCUUUUGACUUGUGUACACACGAAUUGAUUGUGCAUUCUAAUGGGUGACCCAUUGAGUGUGAUAUAGAAUUCUAUGUUACAUCUUUACAUUCUGAAAAUGAAAUUUAAUUUAUUUUUCUGUCAAAAUAACAUUAAUUUAAAUAACAACAAAUGUGUGUUUCAAAUUUUACUCAUAAACAACAAUUUUGACACAAUAAUGCCAAGUAAAUAAAAGUUUUUAAAAGUCCCCUAUGUAUAUCAUUAUAUAAAUACAUAAUGAAAGAGACAUAAUAUCGAUUGCCAUUAGUAACUGAUAAUAAUAAUGAUCAAAUUAUUUUUUUCCUUUUUGAAUUCUUACUUGAAGUAUUUAAAACAUUUCUUCCUAUUGCCAUUGUACUUAUCAAUAGUUUUUCUCCUUUCAUAUUGAGAUAAAACUAAUAACCAAUGUAUUGAUUAUUGGAUGAAUUAAAGAAUGUCAGUGAAUGAGUUUGUUGAACAGUGGGAAAUACGUUUUCUACAUCUUCAUUUAUUACCGAGUGAUAUGUGUGUAUCGUAUACUGUUAGUAAAUAAAAUCUUAUCGUUAGUCAUUCCUAGUCUUGUUUAUAUCAUCAUGGAUGUGAAAAGUAAAUGUCUGUAUGUUUCGAUAUAUUUUUAAUAAAUUAUUUACUACAUAGGUAGAGAUUGCAAAACAAUCAACCUUUCUUCCGAACUCGUAAUAGAAACCCUUUUUAUGAUGUUAUGUUGAUCCGUUUCCUGUAUCCCUUUUUAAUAUGUUUUGAAAUGUAUUGAAUACAGUUUAAAACAUACGUUAAAACCUGAUUGAAAGAUGAUAUUAAUGGAUGAAUUAAUAAGAUAAUCAGC